UUUGCUGUGCCUGUAACUCCCCCACAAAUUGCCAAUAUCUAUAAAACAAACUGCUUCUGAAAGCAGGGUUUCCAAACGAGCUCAAGUUGGACAACAAUGGAGGGUCUGGCUUCUCUCAGAACUGUUCCCAAGGUUUCCUUUCAACCCAUUUCGUCUUCUACUCGCAGGUCCAAGUUUCUUCCUAGAAGGCUGAAUCUUGGCCCAUUAAUGGACGCGUCUUCGAGGAAUUCUAUCUCUGUUGCAUCCCCUUCGUCUUCUUCUUCUUCUUCCAUUUCUACUGCCAUCCGAGCCCAGCAGAUAGAAUCCGAGGCUGGUUCAGCUGCGGCAUCCCCAGUGACUGAAUCCAAAGAAAAUGCUCUGGAAGUCAAGGAGUGGGAAGUGGGGAUGUUCCAAGAUGAAGUAGCAGCUAGCCAAGGCAUAAGAAUUCGCCGGAGGCCACCCUCCGGACCGCCACUGCAUUAUGUUGGACCCUUUCAGUUCCGGUUGCAAAAUGAAGGGAACACUCCUCGCAAUAUUUUGGAAGAGAUCAUAUGGUACAAAGACAAGGAAGUUUCACAGAUGAAAGAAAGAAGGCCUCUCUCUCUGUUGAAGAAGGAUCUUGAGAAGGCCCCUCCUGCUAGAGAUUUCCUUGGAGCUCUUAAGGCUGCCUACCUUAGAACUAAUCUGCCUGGUUUGAUUGCUGAAGUAAAAAAGGCUUCUCCCAGCAGAGGAAUUCUUAGGGAGGACUUUGAUCCAGUUGAAAUUGCCCAAGCGUAUGAGAAAGGUGGAGCAGCAUGCCUUAGCGUUCUUACCGACGAGAAGUUUUUUCAGGGAAGCUUUGAGAAUCUGGAGAAGAUAAGGAAUGCUGGAGUGAAGUGCCCUCUCUUGUGCAAGGAGUUCGUGGUUGAUGCAUGGCAGAUCUACUAUGCCCGAUCUAAAGGUGCCGAUGCCAUUCUUUUGAUCGCUGCUGUUUUGCCUGAUCUCGACAUCAAGUACAUGGCUAAAAUCUGCAAGAUGGUCGGUUUGACACCACUCGUCGAGGUUCACGAUGAGAAGGAAAUGGAUCGGAUGCUUGCAAUUGAAGGCAUUGAGCUUAUUGGCAUCAACAAUCGGAAUCUUGAAACAUUCGAGGUCGAUAUCAGCAACACAAAAAAGCUUCUUGAAGGAGAGUGCGGGCAGAAGAUCUGCGAAAAGAACAUAACAAUAGUGGGAGAAUCUGGGCUGUUCACUCCUGAUGAUAUUGCUUAUGUUCAAGAAGCUGGUGUUAAAGCUGUUUUGGUUGGGGAGUCGAUUGUGAAGCAGAGCGACCCGUSGAAGGGAAUAACAGAACUUUUUGGUAAAGAUAUUUCGGUUUGAGCCAUUAGAAACUUGGAAGCGUUGUAUUCUUAAUAUGUUGUUAUAGCCAUGAGGCUCUAAUCUUACUUAUGGUAUUGGAUUGUAAGUGAUUAGAUAGAGCUUGGAUAAGGAUAAUACUGCUUCCAAAAUUGGAAAAUAAAGCAUAAGUUACAUAUUUUAUAGAACAAA